AUGCCCCGGGGGCACCGUCUUCAUCUUGAGUUAGCAAAGCGCUUCAAAGAGCAGCAUAGAAAUGGGUGCUAUUCAAGAUGUGAUGGAGAUCAUUCCCGGAGUGAUUUUGAAAUUUGGAAUAUAGAAAAGUCGAAAAAGAGUCGGAGAGUCACUAAACUCAUCAGAAGAACAGUGAAAAGAUCAGCCACAACACAUUUUACAAUUUUGCUUGUCAACAUACACGAGGGAAUGGAGGAACUGGAUUCACAAGAGCAGAAAACUCAAUUUGGAAAAUGA